AAAUAACAGAAAUUUGUAUAUAAAAAUAAUGCUAAAUUCAUGGCACCUAAUGAUCGUUAUCCCACUCGGCUGUUUGUGGAAUUCUUGCUUGAUUGAAACCUCCAAGCCUUGUCCUUUGGAAUGUAUAUGUUUAUCUCAAACUCAAGUUCUUUGUAAUACUGGCGGAUUGAAUCACAUACCAUUGCGUCAUCUUCCUACGAAUGUUGAACAUUUAUCAUUGACAAAAAACCAUUUUCAUGUCAUCAAACCAGAUUCUUUUGCUGGUUUACGUGCUUUAAAAAAACUAUCACUAGAUGGAAAUAACAUAACGAAAAUUAAACAAUUUGCAUUUCGUGGCCUUCCACGCCUUAAGGAGUUAUCAAUACAAUACACACCACUUCAGGUUGUAACGAGUUUUGCCUUUGCUGGCCUCCAGAACCUAUCGACCAUACUCUUAAGCCACAACCAAAUUGCCACCAUUGAGGCAUAUGCUUUCGCUGGUACAUCGAACGUUAAGCUAAUACUAUUGACGAACAAUCCUUUGUUACGCAUAGAAAGUUUUGCAUUUUCCAGUCUCACACAAGUGGGUCAUCUACUAUUACCUGCCGGCAUACGAACGGUGGAGUCAGAUGCCUUCUCUGGUAUGUACACAGUUGGUCUGCUUAAAUUAGCUUAUAUGGAUCUUGAGCAUAUACGACCGUAUACAUUUCGUGGUUUAACGAACGUAUUGCUGCUCACCAUACAGGAAUCAGAUUUGGGUGUAAUAAGCAGUGAAGCCUUCGCUGGCUUGACUCAGGUGGACACAUUGCAACUCCUCAACAAUAAGAUUGAUAUAAUCGAAGCAUUGGAUUUCAAUGAGACAUCAGCCAUAAAAUAUUUAAAAUUGCAUGGCAAUCAUUUUCUACAGACACCCGAAGCCGAUGCCAUCUGCCUCGAUGGAGUGGAUAAUUUAGAGUUGAACGACAACUACUUUCCCUGUGGCUGUCAUUUGCAAAAUCUCUUGGAUAGUGCAUUCGUCUCAAAAACACCAAACUCUACACGAAAACUACUUGAGCACAACUAUUGCAUCUCACCAAUUGAAUUGAAUGGUCGUCUAAUAGCUGAUGUCAACAUAGAAACUAUGGCGCCCUGUCAAGAGCAUCUAAUGCAAGGCAAUUUAGGUUCAACGGCAAAUAAUCUAAAACUACACUACUUAUGUUUUACCGGAAUAUUUCUAUGGCUAAAAUGCCUCCCAGCUACAAAAUUAUUAUAG